AUGUCGGACCCUGGGAACUACACUGUGGGCUGGAUAUGCGCCUUGCCCGUGGAAUACGUUGCCGCACAAGAAUUCCUCGAUGAAGAGCACGAAAAACCCAGCUUUGUGUCGCCAAAUGACACCAACGACUAUACAUUAGGCAAGAUGCACGAGCACAACGUUGUGAUCGCCGUCUUGCCGGAUGGUGAAUAUGGCACAGCUUCCGCGGCCAAUGUAGCGACGAACAUGCUGAAUACCUUUCACAACGUCAGGGUAGGCCUCAUGGUCGGCAUCGGUGGCGGCGUACCAAGCGAAAAGCAUGAUGUACGUCUGGGCGAUGUCGUGGUCAGUGCGCCUCGUGGCAAUCAGGGUGGUGUCUUCCAGUACGACUUUGGCAAGUCGAUCCAAGGGCAAAGUUUUCAACAUACGCGGUUUCUAAACCAGCCACCAACGACACUUCGCACUGCGAUGACGGGAAUACAGGCACAAUAUAAGAGAAAGGGCCAUAAGCUUACGGAGGCCAUUGACAUUAUUCUCGACACAAAUGUUCGGCUGCGCAGCGAAUAUAAACGUCCGGAAUCAACCACAGAUAGGCUCUUCCAGCCCUCUGUCAACCAUGAAUUAGAUUGCGGUGCUGCAUCCUGUGCAAACGAUGCCUCAAAUUGGCUUCCGCGGCGUGAGCGGUCCGAUCAUGAAGAUAAUCCUGCAAUUCACUAUGGUCUCAUUGCAUCUGCCAACCAGUUAAUGAAGGAUGCUUUGAUUCGCGAUCGACUAGCUGCAGAAAAAGACGUUCUCUGUUUUGAAAUGGAAGCAGCGGGGCUGGUGAACACUUUCCCAUGUCUAGUCAUCAGGGGUAUCUGCGAUUACUCGGACUCACAUAAGAACAAAGAGUGGCAAGGGUAUGCAGCUAUGGUGGCAGCUGCAUACGCCAAAGACCUUCUACAGAGGAUCCCUCUCAACAGAAUUGAAGCCGAGAAGAGGAUAAGUGCUGUUGUGUCUGAGGAGCUGAAAGACAUCCAACAUCGCUUAGAUCAAGCAUACGGUCAAAACGAACGGCACUUUAGUGAACAGAAAGCAAGAGUCUUGACGGAUCAACAGCGCCUUUGUCACCAAGUGUUCAAGGUCGUCAACUACGCGGAGCAAAAAAACAUAAACCCUAAACGGGCUGAGGGAACCUGUCGAUGGGCUUUCCAGAGCUCUGAGUACAUCCGUUGGUGGGAGAGCAAGUGCAACGACCUUCUCUGGGUGUCGGCUGACCCAGGCUGUGGCAAGUCUGUCUUAGCCAGAUCAAUAAUCGAUGAUUACCUAGAGAGCUCUCACCCAACUGUGAGAAUAUGCUACUUUUUCUUCAAAGACAAUGAUGACCAAAACAAUGUUGCUACGGCACUAUGUUCGGUACUUCAUCAGCUCUUCAGCCAGCAGUCUGAUCUAUUGACACAUGCCAUCCCGACCUGGGAAAAGAAUGGGGGGUCGCUCCGACAAGAAGUUGACGAGCUUUGGCGGAUCUUGAUGGCGGCAACAUCAGCUGACACAUCGUGCAAGACGAUUUGCAUAUUCGAUGCACUUGAUGAAUGUCGUGAAACCGAUCAGCGCCGGUUAGUCGAAAAGCUUCACGCGUUUCAUCGCCAGCCAUCUCCAUCAACAGAGGAAACCUGUUUGAAAUUCCUGGUCACUAGUCGUCCCUACGAUCAUUUACAAGAUCACUUUCGAGUCAUCACCGAUUCCUUCCCACAUAUACAUAUAAAGGGGGAAGAGCAGAAUGAACAAAUCCAUGAAGAGAUUGAUCAGGUGGUGAGGACUCGGGUGAGAGAACUAGCCGAGACAGUGCCACUGUCGCCAGAGCUUCAUUAUCGAAUCGAACAGCAGCUGCUUCAAAUGGAACACCGUACAUAUCUUUGGCUACAUCUAGCCAUUGAUGAUAUCCGCACUACCUUUAAAGACAGUCUCCAGCCUUCAGAGGAUUCGAUCACGCUGAUUCCGCCUUCUGUGAAUGCAGCGUAUGAGAAGAUACUAUGUCGAGUCCCAGCUGGUCUAAUGGAUAGAGUCAAGAAGAUCCUAGAGAUCAUCGUGGCGGCACGGCGUCCUCUGACAAUCCAAGAGAUGGCUAUGGCGUUGGGCAUUGCCACUAGCUCAAGAUCACUAGUAACUAUACAGGCUGGGUUAGACCCAAUUGGGUUAGAUGGCAAGCUUCGGCGAUGGUGUGGCCUGUUUGUCUUUACGAACAACUCGAAAAUCUAUCUCAUCCAUCAAACAGCUAGAGAAUUUCUCAUUGAGAAGGAAAAUUCCAGCAAUCCCAAUUCCGCAUACUGGAACAGCCUGACUGAUGCGGAAGAUCAGAUGGCUGAGAUUUGUUUGAAAUACUUGUUGAUGGAGGAUUCAGAAUACGAUGAAGACGACUCGCGCUCACAUACUCGAAGUUUCUUGGAAUAUUCAGCAGCACAUUGGCCUGAUCACGUACGAAAGAUGGGUUUGACUUCAACCAAAAAAGAAAGCUACCGAGUGCAUCGAUUAUACGACAUGAGUGGGAAACCUUUCUCAAUGUGGUUUCCUAUUUUUUGGCAGGCAGCCAGGCCAUACGACAAAACUCCUGUAAUGAGUGCACUUCAUCUAGCAGCAUUUAAUGGCCAUGAACAGGAGGUACAUUCUAUACUUGGUGUAGAUAAAAGUGAUGUCAAUACACCUGAUGAUUCAAUAACAUACCCGGUUAUGUGGGCUUCAGUGAAUGGACAUGAUAGGAUCGUGGAACUUCUGCUAGAGCAAGGAGCCGAUGUCAACGCCCAGGGUGGUCAUUUCGGAACUGCCUUCCAGGCUGCUUGUUACAAAGGACACGACAAGAUCGCACAGAUGCUGCUAGAGCGAGGAGCCGAUGUCAACACCCAGGGUGGAGAGUACGGAAAUGCCCUCCAGGCUGCUUGUUACAAAGGCCACGACAAGAUCGCACAGAUGCUGUUAGAGCGAGGAGCCGAUGUCAACGCCCAGGGUGGUCAUUUCGGAACUGCCUUCCAGGCUGCUUGUUACAAAGGCCACGACAAGAUCACAGAGAUGCUGCUAGAGCGAGGAGCCGAUGUCCACGCCCAGGGUGGAACCUGGGGAAAUGCCCUCCAGGCUGCUUGUUACAAAGGCCACGACAAGAUAGCACAGAUGCUGCUAGAGCGAGGAGCCGAUGUCAACGCCCAGAGUGGGUAUUUCGGAAAUGCCUUCCAGGCUGCUUGUUAUGGAGGACACGACAAGAUCACACAGAUGCUACUAGAGCGAGGAGCCGAUAUCAACACCCAGGGUGGACAUUUCGGAAAUGCCCUCCAGGCUGCUUGUGCCGAUGGACACGACAAGAUUGCACAGAUGCUGCUAGAGCGAGGAGCCGAUGUCAACGCCUAUGGUGGACGCGACGUUAAUGCCCUUCAGGCUGCUUGUGCCGGGGGACACGACAAUAUCGCACAGAUGCUGCUAGAGCGAGGAGCCGAUGUCAACGCCCUGGGUGGACUCUACGGAAAUGCCCUCCAGGCUGCUCGUUGGGGAGGAUACCACCGUAUAGCGUAA